CUUCAGCUGGAGUUACGCGGCAUGGACUGCGCUGACUGCGUGGUAAAAGUCGGACGUGCUUUAGCGCAGCUUCCCUCGGUCACUCUUGUGAACCUGGACUACUUCAGUGGCCUUGCAGAGCUGCAGUACGACGUCGAGACUAUCACUCCCGCCGCCAUAGUUGCAUACGUCGCGCGUGCAACUGGUUUUGGCAUCAAGGCCUUGACUGCGACCUCCGGGGACGCGGCGGCUGCCAUCGUCACGCUACCCCUCUCAUUCUCGACCAUGCCGCCUCCUGAAGCCUUCGAUAGCUUUGAUACACGUUUUGGUUCAAAUCCUCACAUCAUCGAAGUUUCUUUUCCCGUUCAUAUUGACUCUUCCCAUCGACCUCGUGACGUUCUUGAGCAGUUCAAGGUCUUUGGUGCUGAACUCGUUCCUGCUGGGUUCGACGGGCACCGUGACAUGGCCACACACGACCUCAUCGAUGUGGGUGUCCGUACAAUCGCUUGUGCCGUCCUCUCCAUCCCUGUGCUUAUACUCGCUUGGUCCAACCUCCCUUACCAACCAGUCCUCUACGGUUCCAUCUCUGUCGGGUUCACCACACUCAUCCAAGUGUUCGCUUUCCCGAUCGUUUCCUCAGCCUGUCGUUCGAUCAUUUAUCUACGACAAGCCGAUAUGAGUGUUCUCGUUGCCAUCAGUACCCUUACCGCCUAUGUAUUUUCUGUUGUCUCUUAUGCAUUUGAGGUCGCAGGCAGGCCCUUUUCUUCUCCCUUUUUUGAGACCAGUGCUCUCCUUGUCACUCUCAUCUUCCUUGGACGUACCAUAUCCGCUGCCACACGUCGCUCAACAGGUUCUGCCCUUCGAGAACUCCGCAGGCUCCAGCCGACUGAUGUAAUCCUCCUUUCAGGCGAGAACGAACUGCCCCAAAGUCUAGAUUCUCGCCUGAUUUUCUAUGGAGACAUCAUUCGCAUCCCUCCUGAGACUCGAAUCGCGACUGACGGACUUGUCGUCAGUGGUUCGAGCGACGCGGACGAGUCAUCUGUCACAGGCGAAAGUGUUGCUGUACCUAAGCAAAAGGGCAAUCGUGUUAUCGCCGGCACGCUCAACCUCAGUGGCACGCUCGACGUUCAGGUCACCCAGCUCGUCCACGAAAACUCGCUCUCUCGUAUCACAGCCCUCGUCAAGCAGGCUCAGUCGUCACGUUCCCCUGUUCAGGACCUCGCCGACAAGCUUUCAGCCAUAAUUCUUCCCGUAGCAGCCUGUUCCGCUUGUAUUGCAUUCCUCGUCUGGGUUAUCGUCGGCCGCUAUGUUUAUCACUACUCAACAACCUCAUCCUGUGUUGAUGCUCUCACAUAUUUAAUUGCCAUUCUCGUCGUCAGCUGCCCUUGUGCUAUCGGUCUUGCUAUACCUAUGGUCAUUUCUGUUGCGAUCCGCAUUGGCAUACGUGAAGGCAUACUCUUUCGUUCAGCUGACGCACUGCAGAGGGCCCAUGACAUCAAUGUCAUAGCAUUCGAUAAGACCGGCACACUCACUCAGGGCUACUUUACGACGGAAUGUGUUGAGAUUCUAGUCGAAGGUGCAGAGCAGAUCAUCAACACGCUAGUCAAGGACAACCGACACCCGAUUUCUCAAGGUGUUCACCGCUACCUCACCGCUCGCCUGUCUGCUACGACACAACAUCGUGGAGGCACUGUUACAGACAUUGUCUCGCUCCCAGGGAAGGGGAUAAAGGCCUCGGUCUGCGGGUUUCCUCUUCUUGGUGGAAGUCCUACAUUCACCGGCGCAUGCUCUCAUCCACUUUCCUCGGAACUUCAGUCUUCGGGCCUUACCCUCUUCACCGUCACACUCGCUGGUCAAGCGAUCGCGUUCUUCUGUCUUGCUGAUACACCGCGACCUGAUGCGAAUGCCCUUGUAAUGGAGCUCGCUCGUCGCGGCAAGGAUGUCAUGAUUUUUAGCGGUGAUACACCAGCUGCCGUGAACCAUCUUGCACAUGCUAUUGGCAUCCCCCUCGACAAAGCUUUUGCCUCAUACACCCCUGAGGACAAGGAUUCCGCGAUCGCCGCAUUGCAAGCCAAGGGUCAACGGGUUUGUUUUGUCGGUGAUGGCACCAACGACGGGCCAGCUCUCUCUCGGGCUGACGUUGCGCUCGCCAUUGCAGCAGGCUCAGAUGUAGCGCUUACCGCUGCUGGGGCUGUGCUUUUGGGCUCGGAUCUCCGUCGUGGCGUUCUCGCUCUGCUAGACAUUGCAACAGCAGCGCGAAUCCAUGCAUACUGGGCCCUCGUGUGGUGCAUUUUCUACAACAUCUUUGCGAUCCUUCUCGCAUCGGGUGUGCUCGUCAAGGUUCGUAUUGAGCCACGCUGGGCUGGGAUUGGUGAAGUAGUUAGUAUUCUCCCUGUAGUCGCCAUUGGACUUGGGCUUGACGUUCGCAGGAGAUCACGCCUUGGAAUGCGUGGUUAUAAUUAA